CAGUAAAAUCGACCAAAUUGCCAGAUUUUCCAGUUAUACUGUAGCUAUUUUGAAUAUUGGCUGCAAAAAAUUAUUACUAAUAACUGAUUAUUAUAGCUAUAGCCCAAAAUGGACAUGCAAAUAAACAAUAGCCAUAAUUAUCAGCAGUAUUGCCUAAUAAUAUUGUUGAUGUGUACAGUUAGAUACACACUUACCUCUACUUGAACAUCAAUUGACAUUGGCUACUGUGAAAGUAGAAGAUCAAAGUGUGCAAGAUGACAGCAACAUGUACAGUGGUGGUAUUAUUUGUUGCUACAGUUACAGGACUAGUGCUUGGUAUAGGUCAGGUGGUUGAAAUUGCUUCAGAUUUAGACGCAGCCGGUCGUAACUUUUCCUGCACUGGUGAAGUUGUCACAUACACUUGUAGCGCUCAAGGAACCACCCUGUUUGUACAGUUUCCACCAUUACUAAAUCAGCAAGCAUUCAUUAGCAGUGAUCCUGUUCCUGAUGUUCAGACAUUCCCUACUGCUCUGAAUGUUAUUCUGACCCUGACAAGUGGAAUGCCCAAUUUUACUUCAAACCUGCAAAUCAGAGUGUCAAGUGAUCUGCAGCAGAUGAAUUUUUCCUGUUCUACGGACAUUUCUGGCCCUCAGAACGAUUUUGUACUAACACUAAUUCAUGAAGCACAAAUCGAGCCACCUUCCACUGUGACAUUCUCUGGAGACACGACAGUAUCAUGGACCCCACCUUUGAACCCCCAGUUUGACAUUGAUUAUUAUAUUGUGAGAAUUUACGUGGAUGGAGUGCUGUACACAACUAGGAGCUCUCGUGAUAAUGGUCUGGACGUUACGUUGCCUUCUGGAGAAAUCACUGCUGAUGUUCGUACUGUUAGCACUUGUGGUAGCAUUAGCGCUGCACAACAGUCAGUGGGAUCAAUCUCAGGAGGAUGUGCAAAUGAAUCAGUCUCUGCUGCAGCAAAAAUUGAACCACUGUGACAUUUUCCGGAGACAUGACAGUAUCAUGGAUCCCUCCUUUGAAUCCCCAGUUUGACAUUAAUUAUUAUAUUGUGAGAAUGUACGUGGAUGGAGUGUUGUACACGACUAGGAGCUCUCGUGAUAAUGGUCUGGACGUUAAGUUACCAUCUGGAGAAAUCACUGCUGAUGUUCGUACUGUUAGCACUUGUGGCAGCAUUAGCGCUGCACAAAAGUCAGUGGGAUCAAUCUCAGGAGGAUGUGUAAAUGAAUCAGUCUCUGCUGCAGCAAAAAUUGAACCACCUCUCACUAUGACAUUUUCCGGAGACACGACAGUAUCAUGGAUCCCUCCUUUGAAUCCCCAGUUUGACAUUAAUUAUUAUAUUGUGAGAAUUUACGUGGAUGGAGUGUUGUACACAACUAGGAGCUCUCGUGACAAUGGUCUGGACGUUAAGUUACCAUCUGGAGAAAUCACUGCUGAUGUUCGUACUGUUAGCACUUGUGGCAGCAUUAGCGCUGCACAACAGUCAGUGGGAUCAGUCUCAGGAGGAUGUGCAAAUGGAUCAGUCUCUGUUGCAGCUGGCUUUUUGGUUAGCACACUAAUUGUUGUUUUCAUCACCAUCGCUGUUAUCGUAUAGCACUGGCUAAUGAUCAAUUGGAAGACAAAAAAGCCACUCUGACAUCCACUCCCACUGUGUCCUGUCCUGGUGACACUGUCACCUUUACCUGCACUCUACCUGGUAGUCUCAUACGAUGGAAAGUCACUCCUCCAACGGUUCAAGGAGCUUCGUUUAGAUUGACUUUAAUAUUCACCGGCAGUGUAAAUGUCGCUGUGACUGAGGGUAAUCCAGCAUUCCGUGGUGUUCUCACUGAUUCCAGUGGAGGAAUGCUCACUGCCACUCUAACCUCACUGUCUGAGGCCUCAACUGUGGAGGGAUUUAUGGUGGAGUGUGAGGGAGCAAGCUCACAAGAGGGUCCCCUCACUAUCACUAUGGCUGAUUCACCCUCCCCUCCACUUAAUCCAAGGGUGUCCUCCUCAGCCCAAAACCAACUCAGCUCCUCUAUUAUCACUCUGGAGUGGGACCCUCCCUCCUCUACUGGUGGUGUGUCUGUCAGCUAUGUCCUCAUCAUCUCCCUAAAACCUCUCUCCAAGUCACCAGUCACCGUGGAGACCACCUCAGCACAGAUAACUGUCUCCUACAACACUCCCUACAAUGUGACAAUCAGAGCUGUCAACUGUGCUGGAAUGAGUGACGAUGAUGUGAUGAUGAUGAUUCUUCCUAUUGUUACCUGCCCCUCCAACCCAACACCUGCAAAUAGAGUGACCAUCAAUGGUGCUCCACCACUGCCUGCACUAGUAGGAUCAACACUGAGCUUCACUUGCAAUGGAGAGACAGUACCAGCAACCUGUGAGAAUGAUGGGCGGUGGUUACCUGAUCCUACCAGUUACCUCUGUCCCUCGGAUGUCACCUGUGGCUUUCCUGUCGCACCUUCCAGAGGCAGUGUGGACGUUAAGGGUCGGACAUUGCCCUUUUCGAUAGACUCAGUGGUAAACUUAUAUUGUGACAAAGGACUAUUCCCAGCUGGUGAUAUGUCCAGUACGUGUGAAAAUGUGGGUGGAGUAGGAACUUGGAAGCCGGACACGAACAUCACAUGCAGAGAUAUGCCUGUCAACUGCUCUCUACCCAAAAAGCCAUCCAACGGAACAAUAGUGAACUAUGAGAGUUUGAAUGAGACAGUAUCGGAGGGAACAGUGCUGACUUACCAGUGUGACAAUGGACUCUCACUGACUGGACCCAACACCAUCACUUGCACUAAUGCUGGUGUCUGGAGUACUGAGCCUGAGGCAAUCGUGUGUGUACUUGAAUAUGAUAUUUCCGCCACCUUAUCCACUGGUGCUGCUAUCGUUAUAAGUGUGAUCAUCACUUUCAUUGUGACUCUAGUCACUGGAUUCCUCACUGGACUCUUAGUGAUGCACCUUUGCUCCCGUAAGAAGGCAGCUGAAGGACAAGCUAACGUAGGACCCACUGUACCAGCUGGUCCUGUUUAUGAGGAGGUGUCACCCAAAAUGGAAAUUAAACUGAACAGUAACCAAGCAUAUGAACGGUCAACCAGUGUAUACGUAGGACUGUGAAAGUUUAGCAUUAAUCCAGUGUCUGCAUAAUAAUUUAUAGCUUAUCAGUUGUACGCGAUGUAUAUGUGUUAUAGAGCCAAGGUUUUAUACAUCAACUUAUGUUUAUUCAUCGCGUCUGUUGUUUGUAAUAUUAACACUUGAGAACUGAAUGUAAACAAUUAGCACAAAUCAAUGUGUACAUCUCUGUGCAUCAACGAUCAUGAUUUGUGUCAGCAAUUAACAUAAUUCUAUGCAAUAUUUUUUAUCGUUAUUGUUCUGUUAAAAUUUGUAUUAUAGUUUGUAUAAUUCA